CAGCCGUCGCCCGGAUGGCGGAUAGAGACAAAACCUCGAGAUCUAGAAUUAUGCAUUCCAACAGCAUUGCCUGCUUACUCUGCAAUCCUACACUCGCCUCUAGCGACAAAACAUUCGCGCAUGGUGUAUGUGGAAGCGGAGAACAGACCUAGGCAUGGCGAGGAUGCGAUUGAUUAUCUUAUGUUGGGCUUCGUGGCGGGAGGGGAUCGUGUCUUGAAGAUGCCAGGGCACGAGCGAUGGAGCAUUGGUGUUCAGUGCUUCGAUGGAAGGCUCUAUUUGAACGGUCAUUUCGCCGAUACCAUCAUGACUCGGGGAUUCAAGCCUGGCCAACGGAUAGGAAUAGGGCUGAAUUUUACUAUCGGUGAUCAUGGAGGUCGACAGACUCAAGGCAACGUUGGUACGGGUGUUACUUCCUCCUCGAUUGUCGUUGAGGUCUUUGUCACAAGUGACGGCGAAACAAUCUGGAGUCGGAAAAUGUACGAGCUAUUGAAACGGCAUGAAGGAUUGUCGGAUCAGGGUUGGGAAGGACUACAUGACUUGUACGCUGCAGUCGGCACAAUGGGGGAGGCUAACGUCGACGUUUUGUUGGAGAAGAACCACUGGAAGUAC